AUGGGAAGAGAAAAUCAAACAGCGGUGACAGAAUUUAUCCUUGCUGGGUUCUCCAAUUUCCCUGACCUGCAGGUUCCAUUGUUUCUGGUUUUCUCUCUAAUUUACCUGCUAACUUUGAUGGCAAAUAUAAUCAUCAUCACUACGAUAUGGCUUGACCGCAGCCUCCACAUCCCCAUGUACUUCUUCCUCUGCAUCCUCUCCUCCUCAGAAAUCUGCUACUCACUUGUCAUUAUCCCCAAUAUGCUGGCAAAUCUUCUAAGAGAGAAGAAGACCAUUUCCUUCAUUGGCUGUGCUACUCAGAUGUGCAUUUUCCUGGGCUUUGCAUGCACAAAUUGUAUGCUUCUAGCAGUCAUGGGGUAUGACCGAUAUGUCUCCAUAUGCAAACCUUUACGUUAUCAGAUUCUGAUGAAUCCAAGACUCUGCACCAAGAUGGUGGCUUGUUCAGCAACAACUGGAUUUCUUUUCUCCACCACAGAAACUAUAAUCAUAUUUACCUUGCCUUUCUGUGGGCCAAAUAAACUUAAGCACUUCUUAUGUGAUUUAGCACCUUUGCUUGAAUUAGCCUGUGGCCGAAACUAUAUAGGUGAAAUUGUCAUUUUCAUUAUUUGUGUUUUGGUUGUAAUUUGUGCAUUCCUGUUCAUCCUUCUCUCAUACAUUUUAAUUGCAAACACUGUCUUGAAAAUCCCCACAACAGCUGGGAAACGAAAAGCAUUUUCCACAUGUGCCUCCCAUCUUAUCGUGGUCGUAGUGCACUUCGGGUGUGCUGGCAUUAUCUAUUUAGGGCCCAAAUCCAGUUACACGCUAGAUGAGACUAUUUUUAUUACUGUCUCUUACACAAUGGUGACUCCCUUGUUGAACCCCUUGGUGUACAGCCUGAGAAACAAAGAUGUUCAAAUAGCGCUUAGGAAAUCAUUUGGCAAAAGCUCCUGCACCCAAAGAAUCUGAAAAUAAAGUGUUAUCCACUUUGAAGAGCAAUUAUAAAACCCAACAAAUAUGUUUCGUUUAAUGGACAAAGAAUGCCUCAAAUAGUAUU